UAUUUGAGUCGGCUUGCUUUCGGCCAUUUCCACCAAACGCUCCUUUUAUGUUAUUGUCAGGCCUCAACUUCAUUACUUGCUAUUAAUACAUUAAAACCAACAGUUCAUCACUCAAAUUGCUCAAUAAACAUUUUCAAAAGUAUUGGAUUAUUUAAUACAAUUAAGUGCGUAUUGAUCCAGCAAUUCUUUCCAGACCUCACCACAAGUCACAAUGUUGCCUAAACAAUUUUUAAAAUUGUUCAAAGAUCCGUGUGACGUUUACACGGCAAUUCACCCCCUUUUUUACGUGUGUACGUUCUUCGGUUUGGCCCCCUAUUCUUUAGUACGGGUCGAAAACGGUAAAAAAGUCUUUAAAUUCGCUUGGUGGCCCCUAACUAGAAACGCACUUUUGGUAUUAAUACUUUUGGGCGCUUUAACGUAUCAUGCAAUUUUCGAUUUAAUCUCAUUCAAAGACAGUGAUUUACAACAGAAGUUGAGGUACUUUGAGGAGGUUUUUUCCAGUUUACUGUCGUGUUGUUCGGUCAUUUUUGGAUGCAUUUUUGCCUUGAAGGUGAUUGAGGUUUUUAAGAAUAUUGAGGAGGUUGAUGUGGCGUUUCGAAGUUUGGCCGUUUGGGUCCCUUACAAGUAAUAUCAAUGUUUUUGUAAGCAUUAACAAUGAUUUAUUUUAGGCAUUUGUAUGUGAACAUUUUAAUCCAUUUGAGCGGUCUUGUGACAAUUGUGGCGACCCUCACUGUCACUAUUAUAUUUUUUGCCUCUUAUCAAUACGGUACUAAAACCUACUCCUUAUUUAUUGUAUUUAUGACGGUUAUUUUGCCCUAUUUUAUCAAUCUGUUGAUGGAAUUGCAAUAUUGUCACUACUUGAACAUUUUGAGAGUGAGAUAUCAACUCCUGAAUGAAUAUUUAGAAACUUUGGUUCAAGAAACUAACCGCACAUCAGUUGAGGGUUGGACUGAUGUUUCAAAUGUGAAACGCAAAUCAAAAGAAAUUAGCAAACUCCCAAAAAGCAUGUUGGCGAUUUCAGACCCCGUUUUUAUAGUGGACCAAGUUGCAGCCCUUCAUAUUAAACUCACAGAUACUGCACAUAUGAUCAAUUACGCUUUUUGUGUCCAACAACUCUUACGAAUCACUGUGGCGUUUAUUAGUAUCGUUACAGCCCUGUUUUUAGUUGCAAUUAAUUUUAACAAAUCUUCGUCUGAGGAAAAUGAGGGCAAGACGACACAGCUCGAUUAUUUUUUUACCUUUUGGGCGUUUUCCAACGCUUGCGAAGUGAUGGCCAUCGUUUGGAUAACCAGCGAGACUUGCGAGGAAGCGAAUACGUGCCCUCGAAUUUUGCAUAAAAUUAGGAACAAUACAACGAAUACAAAUCUGCAAGACACGAUUGAAAUAUACUCUCUUCAAAUGUACCACAACCGAUUGUAUUUCACAGUUUGUGGACUAUUUCCGCUGGAUUACACCCUGCUGUACACCAUUGUAGCCGGCGUGACGACGUAUUUAGUAAUCCUGAUUCAGUUUAACAAUUCUGACUUUGUCCAGCGAAACUCCACCGAGUUUGACAACGCGACAGAAAGUUAUUAAAAAAAUGAGUGUGCGAAUGAAUGAAAAAUAAAACGGGCUGCUGCUUAAUUGAAAUACGAAACCUCUUGUGGCCCCAAUUGCAUAUUCAACGGCUCGUAAUUAAUAUUUCGCCUCAAUUUCCGAAAGUAAUUGGCAAGUUGACACUGGAAAUUGUUUUAAAGUUGGUUCAAAUAUUGCCUGGUCCACCUAAAAUGGAGCCGUGAUUUAUGACUCACUCCGGGCUAGCCAAGACUUAGUUUUAGCUAUUAUGUAUAAGUUGAGGCCACACGUGAUAUCCCAAAGUCUGGACUCUACUGAUAAUAUUGAAAUUAGUUGCGCUCUGAAGCAAGUUAUUAUCGUCCCACCUAUCCCACAUUUAAAUAUUGUUGCACAGAUAUUUUAAUUAAAAAGCGGCAAAUAAUUUGCACUAAUGAUUCUUUAUCUGGCACCGUCUUUUCUCCAAAACUAAUUUAAGUUAGGGAAAGAUGUGCAUCAAGUCUUGCAAACUUAACGAUAAUUUUGAUAAUUCACUUUGAUAAUAAGGUUUGAAGCGAGAGUUGAGCGAAUAAUAAAUUUCCAAAAUUUUUACAAACACCUCGACAUUUAAAUAAAUUUUUAUCUCUCGACAUUGUUAUAAUGAAGUCGCGCCGGCACAGAAGCGCCCGUAAUUUAGAUUUAUUUCAGCCACUCGACGCCACAACUUUUGAUUCUUUCGGCAAAUAAAAAGCGGCUUUAUCACAAGAUAUUUAAGCAUUUCCGCUGUAUUUGUUUUAUUGCUAAUAAAGGGACGGUGAGUGUUUUUU